UGAGUGGGGCUAAUGGAUGGGUCCAGCUGGAGUGGUGGUAAGGGGUGGAGCUAACUGGGGCAGUGCUGAUGGAGGCGUGACUUCCCGGGGCGUGGGUAACAGGAGGCGGGAUGACGUGGGGCUGAGCUAAUGGCUCUGGUUAACUGGGGGUGAUGAGAUGCGGACCCCCUGUUGGCCAUCAUCAUCCAUCAGACUGGUCCCAUCCAGGGCCGGAUGGACUGGGGACCCCAGACCCGCAGGGCAGGACAGCCACCCCACCUUCUGAACACACGUGUGCACAAUGCAGCACGUGGGGAUGGAGUGCAUGGCGUGGACUGGGCUGGCGGGGAGGGGAAGUGGAGGCCACACAUGGUGACUGCCGAUGUCCUGCCCAGCACAGCUCUCUUCGCGGAGCGGGGGAGAGUGGCAGCUCCCUUCUGGCUCUGUCUGUCCAUCUCUGCCUGUUCCUGCUUCUCUGUCUCACUGUCCCUUUUCAGAAGCCCUGUCUCCUUGGCCAGAACUGAAGGGCCACCUCGCUGCGUCCCAGGCGGGUGGCACUCAUGGCACCUCCGAGCGAGGAGACACCGCUGAUUUCCCAGCGCUCCUGCAGCCUCUCGUCCUCGGAGGCUGGUGCCCUGCACGUGCUGCUGCCCCCUCGGGGACCUGGGCCUCCCCAGUGCCUGUCAUUCUCCUUUGGGGACCACUUGGCUGAGGAGCUUUGCGUACAGGCUGCCAAGGCCAGCGGCAUUCUGCCCGUAUGUCACUCGCUCUUUGCUCUGGCCACGGAAGACUUGUCCUGCUGGUUCCCCCCAUGUCACAUCUUCUCCAUGGAGGACGUCAACACCCAAGUCUUGGUCUACAGGCUCCGCUUUCGCUUCCCCAACUGGUUUGGACUGGAGAAGUGUCACCGCUUUGGGCUACGUAAGGACCUGACCAGUGCCGUGCUUGACCUGCCCGUCCUGGAACACCUCUUUGCCCAGCACCGAGGUGACCUGCUGAGCGGGCGUCUCUCGGUGGGCCUUGGCCUCAAAGAACAGGGCGAAUGUCUCAGCCUGGCUGUCCUGGACCUGGCCCGGAUGUCCUGCGAGCAGGCUGUGCAGCCAAGGGAGCUGCUGAGGACGGUCAGCUACAAGGCCUGCCUGCCACCCCGCCUGCGCGACCACAUCCAGGGCCUGAGCUUCGUGACACGGAAGCGCAUCCGCAGGACGGUGCACCGCGCGCUGCACCGCGUGGCCGCCUGCGGGGCUGACCGCCACUCACUCAUGGCCAAGUACAUCAUGGACCUGGAGCGGCUGGACCCGGCCAGGGACGCCGAGAUUCACGUGUGGCUCCCUGGGGCCACGGGUGGCCAGGACGGCCAGGGGCUGCUGCGCGUGGCUGGUGGAAGCGGCGUGGCGUGGAGCCCCGGAGAACACGAGUCCUUCCAGCCCUUCUGUGACUUUCCUGAAAUCGUGGACAUCAGCAUCAACCAGGCCGCACGCGGGGGCCCGGCCGGGGAGCACCGGCUGGUCACUAUCACCAGGAUGGACCAACAAAUCCUGGAGGCCGAGUUCCCGGGGCUGCCGGAGGCGCUGUCCUUUGUGGCUCUGGUGGACGGCUACUUCCGCCUGACCUGCGACUCGGGCCACUUCUUCUGCAAGGAGGUGGCCCCGCCAAGGCUGCUGGAGGAGGUGACCGAGCAGUGCCACGGCCCCAUCACACUGGAUUUUGCCAUCCACAAACUGAAAUCUGGGGGGUCACUGCCCGGCUCCUAUGUCCUCCGCCGCAGCCCCCAGGACUUCGAAAACUUCCUCCUCACCGCCUGUGUCCAGACUCCCCUCGGUCCAGAUUACAAGGGCUGCCUGAUCCGGAGGGACCCCACGGGAACCUUCUCCCUGCUGGGCCUUGGCCGGCCGCAUAGCAGUCUUCGUGAGCUCCUGGCAGCCUGUUGGGAAGAUGGGGGGCUGCACGUGGAUGGGGUUGCACUCAGCCUUACAUCUUGCUGCACCCCCAGACCCAAAGAGAAAUCCAACCUGACUGUGGUGCGACAGGGAUACAGCCCGUCCCCAAACUCCACACUUCAGCCCCAGUGCAAACUGAGCCAGAUGACAUUUCACAAGAUCCCGGCCGACAGCCUGCAGUGGCACGAGAACCUGGGCCACGGGUCCUUCACCAAGAUUUACCGGGGACAUCGGCACGAGGGGGUGGACGGCGAGGCCCGCGAGACCGAGGUGCUCCUGAAGGUCAUGGAUGCCACACACAGGCACUGCAUGGAGUCCUUCCUGGAAGCAGCCAGCCUGAUGAGCCAAGUGUCACACCCACAUCUGGUGUUGCUGUAUGGCGUGUGCAUGGCGGGAGAUAGCACCAUGGUCCAGGAAUUUGUGCCCCUGGGAGCAGUGGACACUUACCUGCGUAAGCGCGGUCCCCUGGUGCCCGCCAGCUGGAAGCUGCAGGUGAUCAAGCAGCUGGCCUAUGCUCUCAAUUACUUGGAGGACAAGGGGCUCCCUCACGGCAACGUGUCCGCUCGGAAGGUGCUGCUGGCCCGCGAGGGGACUGACGGGAGCCCCCCUUUCAUCAAACUGAGUGACCCUGGCGUCAGCCCCACGGUGCUAAGCCUGGAAAUGCUGACCGACAGGAUCCCAUGGGUGGCCCCCGAGUGCCUGCAGUGCCUCGGGGACAUUCAGACGCUGGGCUUGGAGGCUGACAAGUGGGGUUUCGGGGCCACGGCCUGGGAGGUGUUCAGCGGGGCGCCCAUGCCCGUCAGCAGCCUGGACCCCGCCCAGAAGCUCAAGUUCUACGAGGAGCGACAGCGGCUGCCGGCCCCGAAGUGGACAGAGCUGGCUCAGCUGGUCCAACAGUGCAUGGCCUACGACCCGGGCCGGCGGCCAUCGUUCAGGGCCAUCGUGCGCGACCUCAAUAGCCUCAUCACGUCAGAUUACGAGCUUCUCUCAGACCCAGCACCUGGCACCCUGGCACCCCGAGACGGGUUGUGGAGUAGCGCCCAGCUCUACAGCUGUCAGGACCCCACCAUCUUUGAGGAACGGCACCUCAAGUACAUCUCCCAGCUGGGCAAGGGCAACUUUGGCACGGUGGAGCUGUGCCGGUAUGACCCGCUGGGUGACAACACCGGCGCCCUGGUGGCCGUGAAGCAGCUGCAGCACAGCGGGCCGGACCAGCAGCGGGACUUCCAGCGGGAGGUACAGAUUCUGAAGGCGCUGCACAGCGACUUCAUCGUCAAGUACCGGGGCGUCAGUUAUGGCCCAGGCCGGCAGAGCCUGCGGCUGGUCAUGGAAUACCUGCCCAGUGGUUGCCUGCGUGACUUUCUGCAGCGCCACCGAGCACGCCUGGACACGGGUCGCCUCUUGCUCUACGCCACGCAGAUCUGCAAGGGCAUGGAGUACCUGGGCUCCCGCCGCUGCGUGCACCGCGACCUGGCCGCGCGCAAUAUCCUGGUGGAGAGCGAGGCGCACGUGAAGAUCGCCGACUUCGGCCUCGCCAAGCUGCUGCCGCUGGACAAGGACUACUACGUGGUCCGCGAGCCCGGCCAGAGCCCCAUCUUCUGGUUCGCCCCCGAGUCCCUGGCGGACAGCGUGUUCUCGCGGCAGUCUGACGUGUGGAGCUUCGGGGUGCUGCUGUACGAGCUGUUCACCUACGGCGACAAGGCCCGCAGCCCCUCGGCUGAGUUCCUGCGCAUGAUGGGGGGCGACCGCGACGCCCCCAACCUGUGCCGCCUGCUGGAGCUGCUGGCCGAGGGCCGCCGGCUGCCCGCGCCCCCCACCUGCCCCGCUGAGGUCCAGGAGCUGAUGAGGCUGUGCUGGGCCCCCACCCCGCAGGACCGGCCAUCCUUCGGCGCCCUGGGUCCCCGGCUCGAGGCCUUGUGGAGUGCCAGCCGCGGGUAGUGGUGACUGUCCCGGAUCCGUGUCCCCAGGGCAGACCCCAGCCCAUUCCCCACCUGUGCCCACACCCUGACUGGAAAACUCUUAUUCGUCUCUCAAAACCCCAGCUGCCAGGUCCUUGCAGUGCUCCCUGAGGUGUCCCCACCACUUCUUCUGGCUGCAGAGCGCGGACGGUGGCCGUGUCCACGGCUCUGUCCUCCCUCCCUUUCCUGGUCCUGGGGGGGAGUAGUGUAGUGGUCCUCGGAGGGUAGGCGCAGAGUGCGCUCUGGGAGUGUUUGUUGAUUGAAUAAAGGACU